GUGCCCCAGGGAGCAGUGGGUGGUUAUAACUCAGGCCUGGUGCCCAGAGCCCAGGAGGAGGCGGUGGCCAGGAAGGUGCAGGCCUGAGAAAUCCGCGGCUGAACUGGAAGCGAAUCCCCCACCCCCUACCUGGGGGACAGGGCAGGUGAGACCUGGGGAGGGUGGCUCAGCAGGCAGGGAAGGAGAGGUGUCUGUGCGUCCUGCACCCACAUCUUUCUCUGUCUUCCCUCCUUGCCCCGUCUGGAGGUUGCUAGACUCCUAUCUGCUGAAUUCCAUAGUGCCUGGGUCUCAGCACGGUGCUGAUGGCGGCACAGCGUCUUGUGCUUCCUCUCCACCUGGGGAAAUAAGGUGCAGCGGCCAUGGCUACAGCAAGAACCCCCUGGAUGUGGGCGCUCUGUGCUCUGAUCACAGCCUUGCUUCUGGGGGUCACAGAGCAUGUUCUCGCCAACGAUGAUGUUUCCUGUGACAAUCCCUCUAACACCGUGCCCUCUGGGAGCAACCGGGACGUGGGAGCUGGGGCCGGGGACGAUGCCCGGUCGGAUGACAGCAGCAGUCGCAUCAUCAACGGGUCCGACUGCGAUGAGCACACCCAGCCGUGGCAGGCUGCGCUAUUGCUAGGGCCCAACCAGCUCUACUGCGGGGGGGUGCUGGUGCAUCCACAGUGGCUGCUCACGGCCGCCCACUGCAGGAAGAAAGUUUUCAGAGUCCGUCUCGGCCACUACUCCCUGUCACCAGUUUAUGAAUCUGGGCAGCAGAUGUUCCAGGGGAUCAAAUCCAUCCCCCACCCUGGCUACUCCCACCCUGGCCACUCUAAUGACCUCAUGCUCAUCAAACUGAACAGAAGAAUUCAUUCCACUAAAGAUGUCAGACCCAUCAACGUCUCCUCUCAUUGUCCCUCUGCUGGGACAAAGUGCUUGGUAUCUGGCUGGGGGACAACCAGAAGUCCCCAAGUGCACUUCCCUAAGGUCCUCCAGUGCUUGAAUAUCAGAGUGCUAAGUCAGAAAAGGUGCGAGGAUGCCUACCCGAGACAGAUAGAUGACACCAUGUUCUGCGCUGGUGACGAGGCGGGUAGAGACUCCUGCCAGGGUGAUUCUGGGGGGCCGGUGGUCUGCAACGGCUCCCUGCAGGGACUCGUGUCCUGGGGAGAUUACCCUUGUGCCAAGCCCAACAGACCGGGCGUCUACACCAACCUCUGCAAGUUCACCAAGUGGAUCCAGGAAACCAUCCAGGCCAACUCUUGAGUCAUCCCAGGACUGAACACACCGGCGUCCCUACCCGCUGCAGGGACAGCCCCAACACUCCUUUCAGACCCUCAUUCCUUCCCGGAGAUGUUGCGAAUGUUCAUCUCUCCAGCCCCGGACCCCGUGUCUCCUGGACUCAGGGUCCGCUUCCCCCACGGUGGGCUGACCCUGUUUCCCUAGCUAAACCCUGGGAACAAUUUCCACAACUGCCCAGGGUGGGGGUUGCAUCCCAAUCUCCCUGGGGCACUUUCAUCCCAAAGCUCAGGGCCCAUCCCUUCUCUGCAGCUCUGCCCCAAAUUUAGUCCCAGAAAUAAACUGACUGAGAAGUGGA